AUGGUAAACGCCACAGAAACUGGAUGUAUGAAAGAUUUACCGCACGAACAUGAUUCUACAUCAUAUUAUGAUACUUUGUGCUCUUUAAAAAUGAAAGAAGCAGCCAAAAGUAUUAAUUUUAAAAACAAAACUACCGCUGAAAUUGUAGUAGACAAUUAUGUUCAAGGCUCCGUUAAAAGACUGUCUGCUUGUGCAAGAACCAUUCGAUUGGAAAAGGAAAUAGCAACAAAUCCAUCAAAAAUUGAAGAAAUUACUUUUACUGAAGAAGAAAUGACAUUUCUGUUGUUUAGAGACGAAGACAUGUUAAUUUUUGGAAACAGGAAUUUGUUUGAGUUUUUUAUCAAUGCAAACGUGAUAAUGAUGGAUGGGACCUUUAAAUCGUGUCCUAGUUUGUUUUAG